AACUCGGGUGUUAAGGGACCACGCAGGUCGUUUUUAUAUCCCGUUCAAAUCCGCACAUCCGUCUCAAACCCAACAGCUGAAAGCCGAGACUAUCCGAUUCAGACAUUACCCAUCUGCAGCCGUCGAAGAUGCAAUUCGACCCUUGUCUUUUCCCAGCCCUGGGUGAAGAUAUUUGCCGGGAAGUAAAGACCAGGAGUGUCGACCUGGGCUUUGAUGACCUGCGCAAGCUUGAGGGGUUCUGCGCGGCCAACCAAACAAGUUUCUAUGCCUCUUUCACGGCAGUAUGGGCUAUUGUUCUUCGUCGGUAUGUCGAGCUCGACAAUUUACAUUUUCGAGUGAGCCACAAUUGGCUGGCAGAAAAUGGGGACAGCGCAGCUGUGGAUGGUAUCCAAGUGAUGGAGGUCAGAAUAGAUCCCGAUACAACCGUCAAAGGCCUCCUGGGACAAGAAAGCCAUCGGAUUAACCCCUUCCAACCCAAUAAUUGUCCGCACUUCAAUACGGGCGUAUGGUUCACAACAGUGGAUGGGAGGCACGCAGGCGAAAGUAAUGGAACAACCACGGCAGCAAACUUUGCCUGGGCAGACGGGCCGGGAUGCGAGCUGCUGUUUGUCGUGAAUUUGCAAAGUUCGACGCCGAGCUUGCUCCUCCAGUACUCCCCCACGCUCCUUUCCGAGCUACACGCCAGGUCAUUGGAGGCAGCAGUCUCGCAGGUAAUCAAAGGCAUCAUGCAAGAUCCCAUGGCAUUGGUCAAGGAUGUCAGCCUGGUCGGUGAAAUGCAUAUCCAGGAGAUUGCGCGGUGGAACAACAAACCCAUGUCAUCACCACCGGAGCAUUUGAUCCACGAGAUAAUUUCUCGGCAAGCCCUAACUCGUCCAACGGCACAGGCAGUUUGCUCAUGGGAUGGGGAGCUAACGUACGGGGAGCUCGACGACCUCUCAACCAGGCUCGCGGGGCUUCUAUCCUCCCACGGAGUCGGUCCUGGUAUAAUGGUUCCCCUUUGCUUUAAGAAAUCAUUGUGGGCCAUCGUGGCAAUGGUGGCUGUGGUGAAAGCCGGCGGCGCGUUUGUGCCAAUAGACCCAUCACACCCCGUGAAACGCCUGAAGGAUAUUAUCACCCAAGUCAAAGCCACACUUGUUCUGGCAUCAGAUGAAUGUGCCCACCUCGUGGGGGAAAUGACGAGAACCGUUAUUACGGUGUCCGACGACACCAUCGCGAUGAUCACCGGCAUGUACAAUGUUGAACCCAGGACUGUGCAGAGAAGCCACACGGCCUACAUCCUCUUCACCUCGGGGAGUACUGGAAGGCCCAAAGCCUGUGUGCACGAUCACGGCUCACUAGCCGCCGUGUCCUGCCAUGGGGCUUCGCUAUGCAUCCGGCAGGACAGCCGUGUGCUCCAGUUUGCAUCAUAUUCCUUCGGCGUCUCCCUGGUAGAAAUAUUCUGCACCCUGACCAAAGGGGCCACUGUCUGCAUCCCAUCAGAACACGAGCGGCUUAAUGACCUGCUGGGCGCUUUGCAUCGAAUGAACGCUGACUGGGCGCUGCUGACACCUUCCGUAGUAUCCCAACUUUCGUCCGAGGGCCCUCUUAAGUUAAAGUCCUUGGCUGUCGGUGGCGAAGCUUUGAGCAAGAGCAAUAUCAAUGGCUGGCAAGGAAGGCUCAAUCUUUUAUAUGCUUAUGGCCUAACAGAGUGGGCCGGAAUGUGCAGUGUUCAACAAGAUGUCAAGUCGACCACCAAUCCGAUGAGCAUCGGCGUUUCUCCCAAUGCCAACUUCUGGCUGGUGGACCCUGAGAACCAUGAUAAACUGGCCCCAAUUGGUGCAAUAGCUGAGCUCGUCGUUGAGGGUCCAUCUUUGGCAAGGGGAUAUCUCGACGAUAUCAAGAGAACAACAGAAGCAUUCAUCCACUCCCCGUCUUGGAUGCAGCAAUUUCGUUCGCCAGCACGGCAGACCCGCCUAUAUAAAACAGGUGACCUCGUGCGGUACGGCUCUAGUGGAAACGUUAUCUAUAUCGGCCGCAAGGACACACAGGUCAAGAUCCGAGGACAAAGAGUAGAGCUAGGAGAGGUUGAGCAAGCGGUGUUGCGGAACCUCCGUGGCGCCAACCAGGUGAUUGCUGGAUUGAUCAAUCCACGAGGGCAGCACGGAAUGCUAGCUGCAUUCGUCUAUUCUGGUGAGCAGGAUGGCAUCUCGCCGCUGCCUUCAUUGUUGCGUGAACCAGACGACCAAUUUCGCGAGGCCAUCUCCACCAUAGAAUCGAGUUUACGGUCUGCAUUACCGGACUAUAUGCUCCCGCAGAUAUAUCUCCCACUUCACCAUGUUCCGCUGACAGUGUCUGCAAAGAUUGACCGACGGAAGCUGCAAGCAGUGGCAAAUGCGCUCUCGAGUGAGCAGUUGCAAUCAUACGCCUCUACAAAAGUGGACGUAGUUGCACCGCGAUCAAGCAUCGAGAAAACCCUCCAUACUCUAUUAAUGGAGGUAUUGGGCCUGGAAGCGAAGAGCUUCGGAAUAGAUGACAGCUUCCUGGCUAUCGGAGGUGACUCGCUCACUGCAAUGAAGCUCGUAACCCGAUGCCGAGCUGCGCAAGUCAACAUCACGGUACAGGAUGUCUUUAACCACAAGACCGUCCGUAAUCUCGCCCUGGUAUCCGGUCGAGCGUGUGACAGUGGGAGUAGAGAGGGCACAGGGAUGGUGCCGUUCAACGUAUCACCUGCUCAGGCACUGCUCCUUUCCCAACACCCAGAGCAUAACCUUCAUACAGAGAGAAUAGUCGUCGGGAUGAAGCAGGGACUCGAGCCUCAAUACCUACGCACGGUGACCGAUGCGCUCGUUAAGCGUCAUCCCCUGCUGCGAGCCCGAUUUGCCCUGACCCCGGAGGGCGCCUGGAGGCAGACUAUCGUGCCGUUUGACAUCAAACGAACGUACACCUAUAACAGCCAGUCCCUUAGCUCGUCUGAUAGUGUGACCGCCAUUGAGGCUGUUACAGCGACGGAGAUAGGCCUUGAUAUUGAAAAAGGCCCGGUAUUCGCUGCGAGCCACUUCAAUUGCGGUGGAGAUGGCCAAUUCUUAUGUCUGGUGGCGCACGCAUUAGUUAUUGACUCAGGUUCGUGGACCGUCAUUCUUGGUGACCUUGACGCCCUCCUUCAGGGGCAAACCGCGUUGCUAGAUUCUAGGCCUUUCUUGUUCCCGUCGUGGUGCGAGCAGAGCUCAGAAGGCCACGACCACUGUGCAGUGGCCCCUCAACAUUUAACGCCCAGGGCGGUGGUGUAUGACAGAUGUGCAGACAACGUGCAUAGUCACAGUGUCUCCUAUCUGGAGGAAGGCUUUACUCUAAAUGGAAGAAUGACCCGCAGACUGCUUGGUGAUUCCAAUAUAGCUCUCCGGACUGAGCCUGCUGAGAUUGUUGUGGCGGCUCUGCUGCAUUCACGUCUACAAGGUUCCGCUGAACAAAAGGGUAUUUCAAUCACGAUAUGCAAAGAGAGAACGCAGCUGCUGGAUAACAGUGAGUGUGCCCUCGAAGGAGUGGGCAUGUUCACCACGCUGCGACAUAUCCAGAUUCGGGGUCAUGGCACCACAGACGCUGUAGACAUGCUCCGGCAAGUGAAGGACACGUACCGACUGGGGAACGCUUCUCGUUCUGCACAGCAUGGGCUCGACGCGACUACAGCAGAAGGGGACUUCGUGCCACCAGACAUGUUGGUAUCGUUCGAUGCCCUGAAGGCACCCCCGUGGGAGGGAGAGACAAUGAAAGAACUUUCACGGGGGUCCAUGGGCCUAUCGAUCAAGAACGUCCUGGCACAGUACUCUCCUCUUGGAGUCUCUGCUAGCCUCAUCGAUGGACAGUUGUCCAUCAACAUAGCGGCCGCCCAUCCAUCAUACAGCCGUGCGAACCUCCAGAAACUCGCUCAGGGGUACCAUCAGUCACUGGAGCAACUCGUGGAACGAUUAUGCGGAAUGGAGGGUGUGUUCACCUUGAGCGAUUUCCCGCUUCUGGCCCUGUCUACCGACGAGUUUGACAGUUUGGUUUUACGCGAGUUACCGAAGGCGGGUCUAUCCAGAUCAACAGGGCUUGAGGAUGCCUACCCAUGCUCGCCCACACAGCAGGGCAUACUGUUGAGUCAAGCACGAGACCCGGGGCACUACCGGAUGAGCAUCGAGUGGCGGAUCACGGCUGCGGAUCAGUCGCAACCGGUUGACGUGGAUAAGCUCAAGCGUGCCUGGUUCAUGGUGGUCGAUCGCCAUGAUAUACUAAGGACCAUUUGCAUGGCCAACAUGGUACAGGGGUCGUAUGCCAUCCAAGUCCUCCUAGGGCGCGGCACGGGUAGAUUGCUGGACCAGAGCCAAGUUAAUGCUGAUGACUGCAAGACGCUGCACAGUGCCCAAAUGGCCAACCAGGGAGUAAAGGUAAGACUUCCCCGGCUGGCGAUAUCGGAACGCGGAUCCUCAUCAUUGGUUUGCACGCUGGACAUUGACCACACCCUCGUUGACGCUACAUCAAUGAUGAUAAUCAAGCGUGACCUCAUGCUGGCAUAUGUUGACAGGCUUCCACUGGGCGGCAGUCUGCAAUACCGUGAAUUCAUAUCGUAUCUCCGAGGAGUCCGCACACAGGAGGCGCAGGUAUACUGGGAGACUCGCCUGGCAGACUGCGAGCCAUGCCUGUUCCCACACCUUGAUGAAUCAACGACUAUCCCAAAUGAGUUUUGUACUGUUGAUAUAGAACUGGAGAGGUCCUCGGCCCUAUUCAACUUUGCCGAGAAAACCGGAAUUACGUUGGCCACUGUUUUCCAUGUGGCAUGGGGCCUUGUGCUGCGGGCCUUCGCUGCAACCGACACCGUGAUAUUUGGCUAUAUGACAUCUGGCCGUGAUGUUGACCUUGAGGGAAUUGAGGAUGCAGUUGGUCCUUUCAUCAACAUGCUAAUCUGCCGUAUCGACUUCGAGGACAGCCAUUUGGUCUCCGAAAUCCUAGAGAAAACCCAAGGUGACUUUCUCCACAGUCUGUCCUUUCAGCACUUCUCUCUCGCAGAGCUCCUCCACGGGAUAGGUGCUUCAGGCCAGGCUCUCUACAAUACCUGUGUCACAUUUCCGCCGCAGGUGAAAGCAACGGAGUGUGACAAGUCCGGCAUACAGAUAGAGGAGACCCAGCGUUAUGAUCCAAGCGAGUUUGACAUUGUGCUUGAAGGAAGAGUCGAAGCAGGACGCAUAGGGGCGUCCCUGAGAUACUGGACCUCGUCGUUGUCGCAGGAAAAGGCGAUCGAUAUUGCCAGACUGGUCGAGCACACCAUGUACGAAGUAAUUGGCCUCUCAAGUCGGGCUGGAAUGAUCAGACAGAUCGACCUGGUUGGAGACCGGAACAGGCAGCAGCUUAUGGCAUGGAACAGUGCGGUGCCAGAACGAAUUGACCGCUGCGUCCACCAUCUGAUCCACGACCGGUGCCUGGCCCAGCCCGAUGCGCCCGCUGUAUGUGCCUGGGACGGUGAUCUAACCUAUAGGGAGGUUGAUGGGCUUUCCACAAUCCUAGCCAUCCACCUGGCAGACCUUGGUGUUGGCCCAGAAGUGUUUGUUGCCGUAUACUUUGAGAAGUCACGGUGGGCAAUCAUCGCAAUCCUUGGAGUGAUAAAGGCAGGCGGCGCCUUUCUACUACUGGAUCCAUCACACCCAAAGCGCCGGCUUCAGGGUAUUUGCCAUGCUGUCUCAGCAUCCGUUAUUGUGUCGUCGACGCAGAAUGCGUUGGCAGCAGGUGAGCUGGCAGCACAGGUGGUACUGCUUGGGGACAAUGAGUCUGCAUGGCGUGAAGGCCACUUACAGCAACAUCGCGGCCGCGAUGAGCACUGGGAAUCGUCAUCCGUGACGCCCGAAAAUGCGCUAUAUGCGAUAUUUACAUCCGGCUCUACUGGAACCCCCAAGGGUGCUGUUGUUCACCACGCUGCGUUCAGUACGUCGGCCACUGCGCAUGGCAAGGCAUUCCACAUCCACCCCGGCUCCCGGGUACUGCAAUUCGCAUCCUAUGUAUUUGAUGCAAGUGUUGUCGAGAUAAUCACGACGUUGAUAGCGGGUGGGUGCAUCUGUGUACCCUCAGAUACCGCCCGUCAGAGCAACCUGAGCCAGGUAGCCCGGGAGAUGGAGAUUACAUGGGCUGUGCUUACACCCUCAGUGGCUCGCACACUGCAGCCAGGAGACAUCCCGACACUGGAGAUUCUAGUACUUGUUGGAGAGGCACUAAGCGCAAGUGAUAUCCGACUGUGGUCGACGCAUGUGACAUUACUCAACGGCUAUGGCCCGGCAGAGUGUGCCGCAGCAUCUACCGUGGCGUCCGCACUUUCAGACACGGAUCCCUCAAAUAUUGGACGCUCCGUGGGCUGUUCAUGUUGGAUAGUGGACCGGGGGGAUCACAAUAGACUCAUGCCAAUCGGGGCCGUGGGUGAACUGCUGCUUGAGGGUCCCACAAUAGGCCGUGGCUACAUCGGAGACCCGGAAAAGACAGCAGCGUCGUUUAUAAAGCCCCCAGAUUGGCUGCAGCUGUUUCGCUCUAGUCGAGGGAGCACGAAGAUGUACAAGACGGGUGAUCUGGUACAGUACGCUGCCAAUGGGACCCUCCGCUUCAUCAGCCGCAAGGACAACCAGGUUAAGAUCCGUGGCCAGCGUGUGGAGCUGGGUGAAGUUGAGUACCACGUCCAGGAGUGUCUCGAGCCCUCGAGUGCUGUAAUGGCAGACAUCAUAAGCCCACCGGGAGCCCGUGGACCAAUGCUGGUGGCCUUUGUGUGGAGUGCGGCCUUUGGUGACUCCGAUACAGAGAAGACAGAGAGGACAGACAAUGAUAUCUUCCUCGCACCCAGAAAAGACUACGGCUUGGCCACGGUACUUACACAUCUAGCAGAACGGCUGCCGACUUACAUGGUGCCGGCUGCUAUCAUCCCUCUCGCCUAUGUGCCUCUGACCAAGGCAGGCAAGACAGAUCGCCGUCUUCUUCGCCAACAGGCAGCGGGACUCACACGCGAUGACCUGGAGAGGUUGUCCGGUAGUCGCCAGAUGCACAAGUCACUUCCUUCAACGCCGGCUGAGAGGAUGCUCCAGAAGGUAUGGGCACAGACACUAAACAUGUCGGUCUCUCGUAUAGGCAUGGACGACACUUUCUUCAGUAUUGGCGGCGACUCCAUCACGGCAAUGCAGGUCGCUGCAAAAUGCAGAGCCUCCGGAUUCUCCAUCACAGUGGCCGAUAUCUUCGAGCUCAAGACAAUUGCCAGUCUCGCAAAGAUUCUGCAGGAGCAUGACAUGGCCUCUUUGAGCGGAGGUGAGGAUUUUGACUCGCCCUUCGAUCUGUCCCCCAUCCAAGCUAUGUUCCUUGAGCAUGAGCCACAGGCAGUGAACCAUUUCAACCAAAGCAUCCUGGUUCCAGUGUCAGAGAAACUCCCAUCUGAAGCAUAUGCCAAUGCCAUUGCGGCCAUUGUCGGUCAACACUCAAUGCUGCGGGCCCGGUUCAGUCAGUCCCCUGAUGGCGUGUGGACCCAGCAUGUCAAGGAGAAGGCGGACAGCAGCUACUGCUUCGAGGAGCACGAAGUGGCCAGCAUGGAUGAAAUACGAUCUGUCAUGGGCGCAAGCCAGCGCAGCCUCGAUAUAUGCUCCGGGCCCUUGCUUCACGUUGACUUGUUCCGGCUUGGUGACCGCGAGCAGUAUCUCUUCUUAGUCGCACACCACCUAGUGAUUGAUUUGGAAUCUUGGAAAAUUAUCCUAAAGGACCUGGAGGACCACCUGAGAUCAGGCAAACCCUGUUCCCUUUCACCACUGUCGUUCCAGAGAUGGUGCAACAUGCAAGCUGCUUACAGCCGCGAGCAUCUGACUCCUGAGAGAGCAUUGCCUUUUGAUAUACCCCCGGUCCAUCAGGAAUACUGGGGCACUGCCUCUCCUGGCCACACGUUUGGCGACUCGCAGCAGUCUGGGUUUACGCUUGACGAGAAGACAACGGAAACCCUCUUUGGCGUUGCCAACAACGCUUUCAGAACCCAACCGGUGGAGAUAUUUCACGCGGCGCUGUUGCACUCCUUCGUCCAGACCUUUGCCGAUCGUCCACCGCCGACAAUAUUCAAUGAAGGGCAUGGGCGCGAACCAUGGAACCCCGCCAUUGAUCUGUCUCGGACCGUGGGCUGGUUCACUACGCUGUGGCCGACUCACAUCGGGCUGGGUGUGGACGAUUCCAUCGCGGACGCUGUGCGGCGCACAAAGGAUGCUCGACGUCAAGUCCCGAGCAAUGGAUGGGCCUACUUUGCUUCACGCUAUCUAAACCCCGCAGGGCGCAAGGCAUUUCACACUCGAGCACCGGUGGAGAUUGCGUUCAACUACUUUGGGCUGUGCCAACAAUUCAACCGCGAGGGAGCAAUUUUGCAGGCACCGUUACAACUUGACGACAGCCCAUCGGACAUGGCUGGGGAAACGCCACGCUUUGCGCUGAUCGAUGUCCUAGCAGGCGUCCAGCAGAAUUGCCUUCGCUUCGACUUCAUAUACAGCAAGUCCAUGGAUCACCAAGCCCGCAUCCAGCAGUGGCUGGCGAACUGCGAGCAGUCGCUGCGUAUGGCUGCUGAGCUGCUGGCGACGACGGCCGCGACAUACACGCUAUGUGACUUUCCACUACUUGGGCUGACAUACGGCAGCCUUGCAGACUUCGUGGAGAAGACCCUAUCGCUCCUAGAAAUACCCGAUGUCGAGAUAGAGGACGCCUAUCCGUGCUCGCCAAUCCAACAGGGCAUUUUACUCAGCCAAGCGAGGGAUCCUGCAUAUUACCGGAAUCGUCUACUGUGGAAUAUCCUUCCAACCGCAGGUUCUGAGCCUGUUGACCUUGUACGGCUGCAGCACGCAUGGCGACGCGUCGUACAGCGCCACGCCAUUCUUAGAACAGUCUUUGUACCCAGUCUGUCACACAACGGCUAUCUAGACCAGGUGGUCCUUAAAUCGGUUUCUUCGGAGAUCUCUGUCAUGGAAAAGUCCGACAACGACCAGCUGACUUCGUUGCUUGAUCACCAGAAGCUCAUGAGCAAUCUGGGCCAGCUUCCUCACAGACUGGUCUUACGCCCGACAUCAGGGGGUUCAGUGCACUGCAUGCUAGAGAUAAGCCACGCUUUGAUCGAUGGCACGUCAAACCAGAUCCUGCAACAGGACCUUCAACUUGCCUAUGUAAAUGCCCUUCCAAACGGGGCAGGCCCACUGUAUCGAAAGUAUAUUGCUUAUAUUCAAGGCCUUCCUCAAGACUCCGCGGAUACAUACUGGAAAGCCUAUCUUGAAAAUGUACAACCUUGCCUCUUUCCCGCCGUUGCUCCUAGAAACCAUGUCGAGAGCGGACCAAGGCGGCUACGAAGCGUCACCGUUGAUCUCGGGGACAAUGCUCGCCUCCAGACCUUCUGUGAGAGCCGUGAUUUAACCAUGUCAAAUCUGCUGUCCGUGGCGUGGGGACUAGUGCUCCGCAGCUAUACAGGCACGGAUCAUGUAUGUUUCGGUUAUCUGACCUCUGGCCGAGACAUGCCUGUUGAAGGCAUUGAAGGCAUCGUUGGACCAUUUAUUGGAAUGCUCGUGUGCCGCCUGGACCUCGCAAGAGAAACAACCAUACUUCCCGUAUUGCAGAGGCAGCAAUCGGACUAUAUCGAAAGUGUGCAACACCAGCAUUAUUCACUAUCCCACAUGCUACACCUUGCGGGGACAUCGGGGGAGCCACUAUUCAACACGGCGAUAUCCUUACAGAAAGGUGGGAUGGGGGCCUCGACCGGUCCCGCCAAAAGCUCGGAUAUAAAUAUCAAGUUUUCCGGGGGCCAUGAUCCAUCGGAGUAUGCCAUUGUCGUCAACGUCCGGAGCGACAAGAACGACGUGCACGUUUCUCUUACUUACUGGUCAACACUGAUAGCAGACACCCAAGCUGCGAGCGUUGCGAGUUCAUUCAGCCACGCCGUAAACGAGAUCAUAGACCGGCCAGAGGUUGCCAUAGGGCAGCUUAAGCGCGUCAGCAAAGAGGACGAGCUACAAAUCGCCGCCUGGAAUAAGCUGGUUCCAGAGCGAGUCGAUCGCUGUGUGCAUCACCUCAUCCAAGAGCGUUGCCAGUCCCAGCCACAUCGGCCUGCUAUAUGUGCGUGGGAUGGCGGUUUCAGCUAUAAGGAAGUUAGCGAGCUCUCCACUGCUCUUUCACUUUACCUAGCGGACAUUGGCGUUGGCCCUGAAGUUCUUAUACCCGUCUGUAUUGAAAAGUCAAAGUGGACGACAAUAGCGAUGCUUGCCAUUAUGAAAGCCGGUGGUGCCUUUGUCUUACUGGAUGCAUCCUAUCCAAUCCAGCGCCUUCACGCUAUGUGCCAGCAGGUUUCAGCACCGAUGGUCCUGACGUCAAAACUGCAUACCCCAAUCGCGAGGGAGUUGGCACCCAAGAUUGUGGUCAUUGAUGGCGACGAGCCUCUAUGGUACACCAGCCGGACGAGGGAACCCUCGUAUGUCUCGCCAGACAAUACAGUGUAUGUUGCAUUUACGUCGGGCUCGACUGGAGUUCCGAAAGGUGCUGUUAUCAAACACGCGGGACUCAGCACCGGAGCAGCCGCCUUCACCGGGCCAUAUAAUCUUACAUCGGAAUCAAGGGUGCUCCAAUUUGCCUCCUACGCAUUUGACCUGAGUAUUCUUGAAACCCUUGCAACAUUACUGGUCGGUGGAUGUAUCUGUAUCCCUUCGGAGAAUGCUCGCCAGGAGAAUCUCGCGGAAAGUGCCUCUAAGCUUGGAGUUACCUGGGCUGAAUUUACUCCGACUGUCAGCCGUACGCUCAAGCCAAAGGAUAUUCCAACACUCCGGACUGUUGUCCUCAUCGGUGAGAGAAUGCAGGAAGUCGACGUUGACCUGUGGGGUGCAGACGUCAAGCUCAUCAAUGCAUACGGGCCCACAGAGUGCUCCAUUAUCUCGACAGUUCAGCCGAUUGUCAGCAAGGACGCAGAUCCAUCUAAUAUCGGUUUCCCGACAGCGUGUCUUUGCUGGGUUGUUGAUCCAGACGACCCCAAUAUAUUGAUGCCGAUUGGCGCGGUGGGCGAGUUGUUAAUCGAUGGUCCGAUUGUUGGCGAUGGCUACAUCGGCCGCCCAGAUAUCACGUCAGAGGCAUUUAUUGAGAGUCCAUCUUGGCUCUCCCACUUCCGUUCCGAUAUCAGCGGCAAAUUGUACAAAACAGGGGACCUCGUUCAAUACGACGUGGAUGGAUCGCUGCGCUUUAUUAGCCGCAAGGAUAACCAAGUCAAAAUCCGUGGCCAGCGUGUUGAGCUGGGUGAGAUCGAACAACAUAUCCAACAAUGCAUUGAGCGUGCUCAUGAUGUAGUGGCCGAGAUCAUAACUCCAUCAUGGGGUGCUCAUACACCAAUGCUGGUAGCCUUUAUCUGGGAGGAUCUUGAUAUUGACCUCGCACAUGUCUCCGAGCACGAUAUAUUCCUACCUCCAAGCGAGGGUAGCAGAAAGACGGCGCAGCUUGCCACUGCCCAACUAGUGAAGAGGCUGCCAGGCUACAUGGUGCCAGCGGUAUUCAUUCCUCUGUCGCGUUUACCACUGACGAAAACCGGUAAAAAGGACCGCCGCAAGCUGUGCCAAAAGGCUGCAGAGCUGGCCCGUGAAGGACUGGCAGCAUACACCCAUAAUCAACGGGCGGUCGAUGUGAAGCAGGUGCCGUCAACUGCUGCAGAGAAGAAGAUCCAACUACUAUGGGCCCAGGUGUUGAAUGUCCCGCCGGAUAGCAUCGGUUUGGCAGACAACUUUUUCCAGCUUGGUGGUGACUCGAUCGCCGCUCUCAAACUCAUGAACAUCGCGCGUGGUGAAGGCAUAAUCCUGGUUGACUUUUUCGCGUAUCCCAUUCUCGCCGACCAGGCUCGCGCUCUUGGUGAGAUAUGCCCUAAGCCAAGUCCCAUCUCGCUCCCUGCUCCGUUUAAUUUGCUUCGAAUCAAGGACCCGGCAUCAUUUAAAGAAAGCCUGCUUCGCUCGCACCAGCUGUCACCAGAUAAUAUACUCGAUGCCCUUCCUGUGACAGGCGCCCAGGAGCUUGCAAUAAACAACUCACAUUGUACCUAUUUUAUGUGGCAUAUCCCCGGCCGGAUUGAUCGUGAGCGCUUGCGAGCGGCCUGUGCCUCUAGCAUCGAACGUCAUUCUAUAUUACGUGCUGCAUUUGUUCCCCAUCAUGGCAGGAUCAUCCAGGUCGUACUCCGCGAGGCGACCGUGCCAUUCGUCCAGUCGACGACGGACAGUCCUGAUCUGGCUGCGUUUGCCAGAUCUCGCUGUCAUGAGGACUCUCUGAAGCCGGUUCUAUUCGGUGUUUGUCCGUUUCGAAUCUCCCUUGUGUCAGGAGAUGAUUCAAACCAUAUUAUGACCGUACGAAUGUCGCACGCGCAAUUCGAUGACAGCUGUUGGGGAGGAUUAUUCCGGGACAUAUCUUCCCUGUACCAAGGCAGCGAGCUCGGGGCGGCACCUGGCUUUGACCUGUAUUUGCAACAUCGACUCUCCCAGCUCACUUCCAAGGCUUUCUCCUUUUGGAGGGAAUACCUUGAUGGUGCCUCGAUGACGAUUAUAAACCACGUCAGCCUCGGUGGGGACCGUCGCGCUGCAAGCAGCUCUGUCAUGCUGUCAAAGGAUAUCCCGCUUCCUUCACUACCCCCUGGUGUAGACAUGGCCACGAUCGUUAUAGCAGCAUGGGCAUUUGUCCUGUCAAUGCUCACGGGAGAUGAGGACCUUGUAUUUGGCCAUGUUGUCAGCGGCCGUAACAUCCAGGCUCCAGAGGUGGCCCAGGUUAUGGGCCCCUGUGCAAAUACAGUGCCGACCAGGGUAUCAUUCAAGCAUACUUGGACAGUGCAGGACCUUCUUGAACAUGUCCAGAGCCAGCUGGAUCGGACUGCCGAGUUUGAAAUGUCAGACCUGCAAGAUAUCAUCGAUCGCAGCACCGCGUGGCCGAAAGACACCAUAUUUGGGAGCAUUGUGCAUCACCAGAACGUCGACCCGAACCAGGUCUAUGCCCUUGACGGCAUCGAUUGCAAAAUAACGAGCUGGGAGCCUGCCCGCACACCGAAUAAUAUAUCCAUAUCAUCUCUCUCCCAGGACGACCGACUUAAGAUUGAAGUCAUCACUUCAACUCAGCUCACUGCCGCCUCAUCUGCCAGUGUCAUUCUCGAGCAAAUCUGCAAUACAGUCUCUGCCCUAUCUCUGGCGUCUAGUACUGUUCCCAUUUUUGACAGGAACAAGAUGUUGAAUAUUGAUCUUCGCCAGAAAGAGAGAUAUACCGAAUGACGGUCCGUUUUCUAACAGGUUCUUGAAUAGUUGCUUUAUGCGUAUUUCCGUAUUGUAUAUCUGACUUAAUGAGCCUUCUUUCGCCUAUAAUGAAUGUACGUACUACAUAUAAUCCCUUGGUGUUGGUGUUAUAUUUCAACUGGGUGUAUAGAGUAGCCCUGACACUCACAAGUAGUAGACCUCUAACUAAAAUUAUAUGGC